AUGUUUCUCCAGAUCGCAAGUUACCUGGUGCUCGCGUUGAUCGCCGUUGUGACUGUAGUGUACAUGUUAAUUCAACGACAGUUUACUCACUGGGAAAGGAAAGGCAUACCGUAUGUGAAACCUGAAUCCUACUUGGGUACCUAUGCUGACAUUGUAAGGAGCAAGAAGUCCGUGGCUGAAUUGCUCACAGAACUAUGGGGAAAAAUAAAAGCUGAUAGAUUUGGCGGUAUCUGGGAACUCUUUUCGCCGAGAUUGUUUAUCGCCGAUGCAGACCUACUUCGGGAUAUAAUGACGAAGAAUUUCGACUCCUGGACCAGCCGUGGACUGCCAAUAAAUCCAGAGGUGGAUCCACUUUCUCAGCAUGUAGUAAUGCUCGAAGGGAAGAUGUGGAAGGGAGUAAGGGCGAAGCUGACCCCCACCUUCACGUCGGCGAGACUGAAGCAAAUGCAUUACCUUCUCCUGGAGUGUGCAAAGGACUUGGAAAAAUACCUGGACUCGCUGGCUCAGAGAAACGAGUCCUUCGAGGCCAGGGAGGUCAGUGCCAAGUUCACCACGGACGUAAUUGGAUCGUGUGUAUUUGGAAUCCGAAUGAACUCGUUGGGCGACGAAGAUGCAGCCUUUCGUAAGAUGGGGAAGAGGAUUGUAGAGACUACACUCCGGUCACGCUUCGCGCUGCUGAUGCAGAGCAGUUCUCCAUGGUUGUUCAAGAAAUUGAAACUUUCCUUAACGCCACCGGAUGUGGAAAAGUUUUUCAUCAAAAUCACAAAGGAGGCCUUUGACUAUCGAGAGAAAAACAACGUGCAGAGGCACGACUUUAUAGAUCUUCUGAGGAAACUCAAAAACGUGGACCAGCCACGUGGCGAGGACGAAAUAGUAUUCGAUGACGCUCUUCUAGCUGCCCAAGCGUUCGUUUUUUUCGGAGCCGGUUUUGAGACGAGCUCCACGACGAUUGGAUACGCCCUUCACGAGCUGGCUGUUCACCAGGAUAUUCAAGAUCGUCUUCGGGGAGAAUUGCGCGAGAUGAAAGUCGCUAAUAAUGGUGAAAUCACCUGGGAUGGUCUGCAUCAUAUGAAGUACCUUGACAUGGUGUUUCAAGAAACAUUGAGGAAAUAUCCACCAAUUCCGCAAGUUGGCCGAGUCUCAGUAAAGCCCUACCAAAUCCCUGGAACAGACAUCGUGCUACCAACGGGGUCGAAGUGCAUAGUUCCCAUAUACGCCGUCCACCACAACCCAGAAUACUGGCCUAACCCAGAGAAAUUCAUCCCUGAGCGGUUCACCGAGGAAGCAAAGGCUCAUCGACAACCUUACACUUUCCUACCCUUUGGUGGUGGGCCCAGGAAUUGUAUAGGUGCGCGAUUCGCGGAGCAACAGUCGAAACUUGGUAUAAUCACUGCGAUCGACAAGUUUAAGCUCUCCCUCUGUGAGAAGUCCCAAAAUCCAAUUCAAUACAAAAAAGGCGCACGUUUCCUUCAUGCGGAGCAUGGAGUUUGGGUCAAAGCAACUCGCCUUGGUGCUGACGAUAAUUGAUUCCGUUCCUCUUGGAUGACUGAAUACAGUCAAUCGAGAAUUUCAAAUCAGUGCAACAGAAGUUGUAGAGGAGGAGAGUGACGACAAAUUUCUUAUUUUAAUUGUGAGGUAAAGCUAAGAAGUAUUAAGAGUACAAUUCUAGACAAUAAUCGCCUUAACAUUUCAUACCUUCUGUGCUUUAGUUUACUUUUCUGAAAUUAAAGAACUUCUAGAAAAGCAAACACGUGACUCACACGCAUGGAAGACAAUGAGACAAUAUUUAUACCAAAACAUUAUAAUUA